AAUGAGCUUUACUUUGGAGAUUGUAGAGCUUUUCACGGAGCAUCUAGUGAUAUAUUUUGUUUUUUAAUACAACGUAUUAAGUGAUGAAAAAUUGAAAUGCAAAAUGCCGCCGUUUAAUCUGCUCCAUCUGUUAUUCUUUGAGAACCAAAAAUGCAUGUAACAAACUUUCUUUAUUGAUGCUCUGACUUCUUGAGCUAGAAACUUUAUUUUUACACAAUAACUGCACUUUGAAAUGCAUUUUAAAAUGACUAUUUAUUUGUUGAAAUUGCUCAAGUAGUAGGAAAGAUACAUUGAUAGGAGAAAUACUGCGAACUUUUUUCCCACGCCUUACUUAGUCUGCAACUGUCAUUACAAACAUUGUAAUGCUCAAUAUGAAUUUGUGUAAAAUAAUUACCAUAGCUUUAGAUACAUAACUUCUGAUAGAAUUCUAUUUUUGUGUUAAACAAUUAUGAAAAGUUCGAAUUACAAUACGAAAUAUUUUACUCUUUCGCAUCCGUCCAUUAUCAUUUUGUGUCAGCAGAAAAUAAAGAGAAAAAAAACAUGCGAGUAACGAAAGAAAGAAAGAACAGAAAAAAAAGAAUAUAUCAUAGGAAAAGAAAAGGCUGGAAUGACAACGACCAAACAAGAGUAUUCGCGAAUAUUCUACAAUGAACUGGCUUUCAAUCACUCCUCCUAUAUAUAUAUAUGCGCGAGUACAUAGGUCUAAUCAGAUAUUUUAUACAUUCAACUGCGAUUAUCAAACACUCUCAACAUUUCUCUUCCACUUACAAAGCAAUGGCAUUCUUUCCAAUUCAUCGUUAUCGUCUUUUCGACGAUCCAUUUGAUCUAUUCUUUGGUGAUCAAUUAGAUUUCUUUGAUCCCUGGUAUGAUUUUGAUACAUUUCCAUCAGCACUUUCUAUUCGACCAAAUGCAUUUUGAUGGAUCAAUGAACCACAUCGAUUAACACAUUCAUCAACUAAUAAAUCAAAGGAUGGAAAAACUCUUACACCAACAAUACGAUCACCAAAUGCUGAAAAAUAUCGUGUACAAUUGAAUGUAGCAGGUUUCAAUCCAGAAACAAUCAAAACUAAAAUGGAAGGUCGAAAAGUAAUUGUUGAAGCUAAACAAGAAGAUCGUCAACCUGAUGGUGAUUAUAAUAUUCGAGAAUUAAGAAAAACAUAUGAAUUACCUGAACAUGCUGGUAAGUAA